AUGCAACAGACUUUUACUAGUGACAAAGUCUCCAUCUGCCAUAUCAAUCCAUAAGCAUGAAUAUAAAUUAUAAAAAUGUGUGUUAUGUCAUUAGGUAUAAAAGAAAAAAAUAUAGGAUCAACGCAGGACCAAAUAAUAGUUGGUAUGGUUCCCGUUUUAUAACAAGGGAUUUUUUAAGUUGAAAAAACCGAGAUACAAAAGUUUCUCACAAUUCGGUCGGAGGUCUCUCACAAAGUUUUGUUUUGUCUAAGGCUCAAUCUUCAAAAACAUCGGAUUUAUAGUCCUAUGGCCUAUUUUAAUUCCUUCUUAUCGAGACUCGUCAUAGCCCUCGAGAUCAAGAAGUUUGUAUUGCCAGUAACCAUAGAUAUAGCUAUUAUAUAUUAUGAGACACAUGUAUUCUUCCCAUUUUAUCAAUUUCCCUCUCUGUCUUAGAGAAAAAAAUUCAAUAUCAAUGGUGAUGUAUUCUGAUCUUUCCUUCUAUGUUUUAAAGUUAAAAGUGAUGCUAUAUACUGUCCAUACUGGUGCACACACACACAAUACCACAUUUCUCAAGUACAUAAUAAUAUUUUAACAGCAAGUACAAUGUAUUUAUUCAAUGUCUACUGGUAAUAGACACUUUUUUUUGUUUGGUCUAUAUUCUCGUGAUGUAAUAGUUUCGUACACUUCCCGAGAACCAGCCCGAAAAACUUGUUAAAGUCAGUUGUGGGAUCACUAUAGGCUUUUGGAGUUAUGAAUUUUUACAAGGAUUAUUUACAAAAAAUAAGAAGAUGGACUCUCGAAAGCGUUUAUCUUAUAUUACAUGAAGACAUAGUACCAAAACUAAAGCAUUAUAUAAAACUUAUUUUCAGUACUGAAUUUAAAGAUGGGUCUUACCAUACAUAUUACGGAGAUUUGAAAAAAAUUGUUAAUAGUUAUUCUUUCCAUUGGAUCGAUGUUAUGGACGAGUCUAUCAGAGUAGCAGAUAAACUCUGUUAUAAUAUUGACAAAGAAAAGCUUUUGCAUAUAAUGGAACUUACAAUUCACUUACACCAAGUGAAGCAAGUCGAUUUCGGUAGAAACUUUCUACCAAUCGAAUCAGCUAUAGAAAAACAAACAUAUGAAGAAAUAGAACGCAUGUAUAAUAUUGCUAUGGAUAAAUUAUUUCAGUUAAGAGAACAGCUGCAAUCCUUCGAUACGCAAGAAAGAGUUGAAAAAUUUGUCAAGGAGCACUUCUCACUAUCGCUAAAAAAUAAAAAUAGCAUUUUUGCCUUUACAUAUGAAUAUAUUGCAUUAGCACUGGCUAGAAACAUUGAACGAAUUCGAGUCAGCCUUGAAGAAAUUAACAAACGUGUCAGCUCAAACCUAUGCAAUAUUCAAGAAGAAUGCAAUGCCAGCCUUACCAGUCUUCUUGAUCAACUUUAUGACAAGAAUAAAGAACACAUGACUAUAUUUAGGCAAGAUAUACGUUCAUCGGUGGAAAUCGCCGAGGUUCAACGGAGUAUAACAAUUAUAAAGGACAAAAUAGAGGACUCUAAGCAUGUUCCAACAGAGCGGCUAAAAGAGGAAGUGGCCUACUGGCGGGAAAAAGUUAAAGAAUUUAAUAUUAUCUACGACACAAUAAAAAAGUUAAAUGCAGAAAGAGAUAAUUUGACAGCUGCUGAAAUUACCUACAUAGAGGUUUUAGAGAAUCCAGAGAAAACAUAUGAAUCUUCAGAGAAUUUAGAGCUGUGUGUGCGGCAGCGCUUGGAGCGACUUCACAAAUUGAGGCUCAAUGCUGCCAAAUCGCUUUUCACAUUCUUCAGCGUAAAAGGACCGGACCGAAAAUUCUAUAGUGACCAAAUCGGUACAUAUUACGUGGACGACUAUGGACAUAAAGUUUACUUCUAUGAUUACGGGCUGAACAUGUUUCAUGUUGACUGUAAAGGGGAGUUUGUUGACCUACAAACAAAUGAAAACGAUCUUUAUUUUUACGACUCUUAUGGCCGUUACACGAUAAAAAAUGGCGAAAAUCUAUACCAAGUUGCACCAUGUAGUAGUCUCUACAAGUUAGAGAACGAUGUUAGAGUUAAAGUUACAAAGGACUGCGGUCACUCUGACCGACCUAACAAGGAGUGUAAAAUGGAAGUAAAAGAUCCGUUUGACUUUGAAAUACUGCCGAAAUCUAAUGCGGUUGAUAAAAAAGAGAAACUUGAUACAGAAACUGUUAAUUACCUAUGGAACAAUUUUGGUCACAUUUUGCCCGACGCAUUACAUGAUGUUGCAAAAGCACAGCCAAAGAAUCCUAUUCACUUCUUGGCCCAUAAACUGCUUUACCACAAGUAUAGACGCACUAUUACUGAGAUUGAAAAGGAGAAACAAAAAGCUCAUGAGUAUCGUGAGCUGAUAUUCAGAAAACGUAAAGAGAAAGCAAGAGAGCUUGCAAAGAACUGGAGAGAUAAGCAAGUGAAACCUUCCAAACCCGAGGCGUCAGAUGCUUCUGAAGAAUGGUUUGCCUAUGAUACUUACGUCGCUAGACAGGAGUUUAUUAAAUCAUUAGAAAAUUAUAGCAAAUAAAUGUUAUUGUGUCAAU